AGCUUGAUGUGUGUUUCAAAGGGGUUUUUUUUUUCCACAAAAGCUUCAAACAAACAGGGGUGACUGAUCUCGGAAACGAUUUAAUGCAUUUAAAAAUGGCUACAGCUACCGUCAGCAUGCUUGCUAGGUACAGUACGGUAACGACUACACGUGGCUAGUGCAGCAUUAGCCAUUUAAACCAACGAUGAUCAUUAAAUCUAUUAUAAACAUUUAAGGACUUGUGUGUUGCAAAAGAGCCUCACAUGGUGUGUAAAGCAGUUUUUGCGCUAAUAGUUCUGCUAGCUAUUUACAAACCUAUGAUGCUAACGUUAAUUGCUAACGUUAACCGGAGCGCUAAGCUUCAAGCUGCUGACGAACUCCGUCAAGACAUGCAGAUCAGCAUCAAUGUCCACGUGAAGAACCUAGUUAUGCUGCCAGUGUCAACCCAACAAAAGGCACUUUCACAAUAUAUAAAAGAAGUGUAUGGAACUGAGGUGCUUCCUCAGGUUGUUGGAGGAUGGAGAAGAGGACGCAGCCGUGACUUGUGAGAUGGCGUCUGAGUCAGCUACUACUCACUAGGAGAUCAGAAACAUGGUGUCCUUGCAAAAGUGGAAAGAGGCCAGGCCUUGUCUUAUAGACAAAAUGUUAUCUACUCUGGAUCCACAGUCACACCGUGUGUGUCAGUGUGGCAAACAAGUAGUUGUGAGGUGUCUGGACUGCCUGCCUCUUCCAUUCCUUUGUGCUGACUGUGAUAUUGCAGUUCACACACGCUUUGUCCUGCACAACCAAGAGGCAGUAACAGGAGGGUUUUUGCAGCCUUCAUCAGAGUUUCACAAGCCAAUAGGUACGGUUUUUAAGUCCUAUGCAUUUCUUGCUAUGUUCUAUGAGUGGGUGCUGUUAUUGUAUAUUUAUUGUGUAUCAGUUAAUUUCCAAUUCUUUUUAUAUAUAUUGUGUGUUUUUAAUGUUAGUUCGGCUGUUGCCUGUGCAAAGGCCAGACCAUGUGUGUGACUGCCCAGCAGGUAAUGUUGAGGUUUCACCCGGCGCAGUUGUGGCUCUUGUAACCAUAAAUGGCUGUUAUAACCUUGCACUGCCAGUGGUGAGCUGCACCAGCUGUGACUUAAUGUGGUCCCCCUCAGUUAAGGACAUCCUGGGUAGUGGAUAUUGGCCUGGCACCUUAAAUUUCUGCACCCUGUUUUCAAUGGAUGCCUUUCAGUCUUUCUAUGACAUUAAGAAGGCUGCACCAGGGAUGUCACUUAAGGCAUUCGUCAAAAUGCUAGAUGAAAGAACAGCCCAUUUUUGAAGGACUGGCCGAAUAUCAGCUGAUGCCUUCAGUAAAAGCUUUGUGGAGUGGAGUGCUGUUUGAGAUGGACAGGAUGUGCAAGGAGCCAUGCAUUAGCUGCCCUGCCUGCACUCCAGACGUGCUUGCCGUCUCAGUUGAUGGAAACUGGAAGCUUUAUCGCAUUCAAUCAAAUACAAGCACUUCAGAGCAGGCGAACUUUGAAGGUGUCUUCAUUGAAAAAGAUGAGGAAGUUGCUGAGUUUAUGAAAUACAUCCAGAGACACACAAAUGAUGUGGCUCAGCUGAGGAACCUCUUGUCAAUGCGUCCAUUUCUCUCCGUCAUGCAUGCAAAGGCUCUCAUUUGGAAAUGCGAGAUCAAAUGGGGAGGUGCGUUUCAGGAUGGGGCCGGUUCUACAGUUGGAAAAGAGGGCGAACAGACAUGCUGACCCUCCUGGCUUUGGGGUGGACCAAAAGGAAAGUGGAACAACUGGUUUGAGCCAGAGAUAUCUAAAGAUCAUAAGGAUCCUUAGAGAACAAAUGGAGAGCCUGAAUAUGACCAGAAAUGAGCUGGGUGUGGAUGACGACACACUGCAGCAAUGGGUGGCCGAUGUGCAGAAAUGGGCUGAAGAAACUGAUCAAACUGAUGGCAGCCUUGGAGCGUUGCAGGCACGACUAGAGGAGCUUGUCGUCAUCAUCAGAGUGCGAACACAAAGUCUUUACAGACAAAAUGAUAGCAACAAGAGGCGACACAGAAUUCGCAAGGUCAUCUUAGAUGAGAAGAAACGCUUGGCGGCUGCUGUUGACGACUACAACAAGCUUGCUGAACCAACAAAGCAAAUCGUAUCCAGUGAUGCCCUCAUCCAGACCGACAUUUGGCUCUGGCAGAGCACAAGUGAACCUGCUGCUGAACUCCAGACAAAGAGAGAGGUCUUUGAGAAGGUGAUGGCUGUGAGGCGCCUGAGAGAGGACGAGAUGAUCCUUUGCAGGGAGAUGCGGCAUCACUGGACAGUGUUGCAAAUGCGAUCUGUGGUGUUGGGGACAAUCUCCUCAGACUCCUCCUUUGUUGGCAUGUCGGAGGAUGCACAGAAGGGACUCCGUAGCCUGGUUUAAAAAAACAAAGUGAACUGAAAGCUGAAAUGCUCAAAAUAAAGGACACGUACAAGAGAAUCCUCAGCCACCAACCACUCCUGGAAAUGGACUCGGAGGAGGAGGAGGACAUUCCAGACGAUGCCACUGAGAGUGAUUUGAGCACUUCUGAUGAAGACUGAUUGUGUCAUCAUUGAUGUUAUUUUUGGUAAAAUAAAAAGUUAAUCACAUCUCUGUUUAAUGUGAUUUUUCAACAGACAUUUUACAUUUUGAGAAGAAAAAUGGA